AUGGCAUCCCAGUGGCAAGCAGUGCCAGCAGUUCCACUCUACCCCUUUGGCAUGGAUGGAGGUGACAAAGAGUGCGUCCAGAGAACGGUGGAUUUUAACUGCCCCCUGUUCAAGCCAGAGAUUGGGUUCCCCUUUGGGAAGUCACUGCAGGAUGCUCUCUACUUUACAGAUAACGGGCAGAUCAUUUUCCCACCCACGGACAACUACAUCCCCUCCAACCCCAACCCACCUCCCCAAGGCUUCAGUGGCCAGGAAGGUUUGCCAAUGGUGGCCGCCUUUUGGGACGACGCAGAUUUCUCCCAGGGUGUUGGCACCACCUGGUACCAGGAGUACUCCACCCUCAGCUCUACCCAAAACCCCCUUGUCCGUGACGUGGAAGCAAAGAUUGAGAAAUACCUGAAAACUCCCUACGUAGCAAAAUGGACAUUGAAGGUGACAUGGGAGAAGGCUCCAGCAUACCCAUCCCAGGGAUGCCUUGGGUUUCUCCAGACGAGCACCUACCAGGCAGUCCUCACCACCGAUGGGAACCGUUCCUUCGCUCUGCUGCUUUACCAGGACAGCAGGAUGCGGUGGGACUAUGCCAAGCUGGCUGCGGGCAAUGUGCUGAUCGGCUUCUCCAGCGGUGAUGGCUAUGCCCAAAAUAACGAGCUGACUCAAAAGCCACCAGCUGUCAAAUACCGACCUGAUCAGCACAGCAGCGCCGGCACUGGCCUGGCGGAUGCCUCCGUGAGGAUGCUGCGCACUGUGUCCCCCAGCCCAGCUGGAGCUGGGGUGCGGUGUCUGUAUCAAGAUGGGAGCUUGCUCGAAGGCUGGCAGGAGAGAGCAUGGAGCCUCCCCAUCCACCUCACCACUGGUGCAGCGGGGACCCCAGCACCGCCCAGUGCUCAGCUGCCUUCCUCCACAGACAGGGAGCUGGAGGCAUUUGACUGGUGCUGCCGGCGCGUGGGGAAGCCCCUGUUCUGUGCCAGGUUUGCUGAGAAGAGACCGAGGGUCAGCUGCGAGGGAUACGUGCCACCAACCCCCGCUAGCGCCUUCGGGGACCCCCACAUCACCACCCUGGAUGGACUCACAUACACCUUCAAUGGGCUUGGGGACUUUGUCCUGCUGCUGGCCAGCGAUGCCCAGACCAGCUUCGUGCUGCACGGACGCACGGCCCAGACUGGCACAGCCCAGGCCACCAACUUUGUGGCCUUCGCUGCCCAGUACUUCUCCACCACCACCACCACAACAGUUGAGUGGAACUUGGGGAGCCAGGGUGACAUCCAAGUCCUCCUGAAUGAUGAAUCCAUCCAGUUUUCCUACUCCCAAGACAUGGGAGCUGAGGUGUACUACAGCCUCGGUGUCCUGCUGGUCAAUGCCUCCUCCGUCACAGCUGUCUUCGACGGGGCCAUCGCUGUCUCCAUCUUGGGCACAUCCAGGAUCCUCAGCGCGGUCUGCAGCCUGCCCGAUCGGUACCGCAACAGCACCAAGGGCCUCCUGGGUGUGUGGGACCAUGACCCUGCAGACGACUUCCAGAUGCCAAAUGGUACCAGCAUCCCUGUGAACAGCAGUGAGGAGGAGAUCUACAGCUACGGGAUGACCUGGGCUGUUGGAGAGCACAGCCUGUUUGCUCAGCCUCUGGACUCACCAGUAAUGAACUUCACACCCAUCUUCUUGUCCCGGCUGCAGCAGGAGAAUGAAAGCCAGUACCAGCUGGCAGCCUCACAGUGCCGUGGCAGCAAGGAGUGCAUCUACGAUUCACUGAGCACAGGGGAUGUGGCCCUGGGCCUGGCCACCCAGAGCCUUGCAGCCGACUUCCAGCAGAAGAAGACAGUACUCAAUGCCUUCCCUCCCGUCAUCACCGGUGAUGCGUCGCUCACGGCCUUCAGGACAGAAAGGGUCAGGAGGCAGUACCAUGCUGUGGGGGUGGGAGCACGCUUUGUCCCCCACCUCUCACCAGAGCUCAACAUAUCAGAGAGCGGCACCCUGACGUGGGAGCCCCAUGGCACUGCCCCACUCACCGUCAACCUGGAGGCUGUUGGGUCCAACAACCUCUCCGCCCUCCUCCAGCUCCGCUUCACCCUUUGCAGCUGCAACAGGAGCCAGGAGUGCGACUACAGCGACACCGCCACCCUCGGGGGAUCCUCCCUGCAGCUGGCAGCCUGCAGGUGCGAGGGCGGCUACUCGGGUCCCUUCUGCCAGGACCCUCCGGACCCCUGCGCCCAGGGAUGCUUCCCCGGCGUGGGCUGCGACUCGCACACCGGCUGCGGCCCCUGCCCAGCCGGCCUGACGGGCGAUGGGAGGCACUGUUCAGGUGACGAGGGCUUACCGUGUCCACCAGGAACCCAGGGUGCCUAUGGGACCCCAGCCAAAGUAUUUCUCCUGGUGCCAUGCUGCAUUGCCUUGGCAGAUAUCAACGAGUGCAUGCAGGGGACGGUGUGCCCGGGCAACACCACCUGCACCAACACGGUGGGCAGCUACACCUGCUCCUGCCCGACAAGCGAAGAGGGCGAGGGGCCAGGCUGUGGCUCAGCCUGUGGCUCCCAAUCCUGCCCUGAGGGCUACUGCAGCAACGGGGGACACUGCCACCUGCACCUCAUCACCUGCUCCCCCACCUGCACCUGCCCCCCGCCUUUCACUGAUCAACGCUGCUUGGUUGCGGGGGGGGACUUUCAGCCGCUGCCCAGCACAGCAGAUCUCCCCCGAAGAAGCAUUCAGCUGCGGGUCAGGACUCUGCGAAACGCCACUGCCAGCGAAGUCAAUGGCACCGUCUCAGCCAUCCUGGGCUCCCUGGAGGUAAAGGCUUUCCAGAGCAACACCAACAUCACUCAGACGACAGACAGCGGUGGAUUCACCUUUGCAGUGGUGUCCGAGUUUGCCUAUGACAGCCGCGGCACCGUCAUCCAGUUCCUGAACGAGGAGCUGCCGGGGGCCAUCACUGGUGCCUUCAAUGGGCGGCGGAGGCGGCGGGAGGUGGGCACGCACCUCCUCUUCCAGCGCCUGCGCCGGGACAACAUCACCGACCUGGUGAAGCUGACAGUGGCUGAGCUGAGGCGCUAUUUCCCCUGUGGUCUGUAUGGCUACAAAGGCUACCGGCUCCACUACACAGGGACUGUCGGCUUCAUCUGCAUCUCCCCUUGCAAGAUGGGCUACUGCCAGCAUGGCGGCCAGUGCCAGCACCUGCCCGAGGGGCCCAUGUGCAGCUGCCUCCCCUUCUCCAUCUUCUCCCCCGCUGGCGCCCAGUGUGAGCGGCUGGCCGUCAGCCUCCCCGCCUUCCUUGGCAUCUUGCUGGGAACCCUGGCUCUGCUCUGCCUCCUGCUCGCCACCACCUGCCUGGCCUUGUGCCUCUGCCGCUGGCACCGCCGGCAGCACCAGGGGUGA